GGUGGUCGUUCAUUUGAGUUUUAAAGUCUUACAAUUUACCAAACUCUUUGUUUUGCUGACAAUUCAAUAUCUAUAAAACCUUUAUAUUUAUCCAAACUUAUUCACUAGUAAUAAUUUUAUUCAAGUACAACGUUUGCAUUUUUCCGGGUGCCUCGAUAUUAAAUAAAUCUGAGCUUGUCGGUUGAUUUUUGGCAUACUAGAUAUCUCUGACUCUGCCAUGAUGGAGUCUUCCACUGUUGGAAUAGCUCUGACAAUGAAUGAAUCCGUAGCUCCAACUGCUCCAAUUGAUAUUACUUUUACUACUUCCAACUCCAGGGAGUCGUCGUCUCCACAAACACCUCCGCAAACACCUCCUUUGGAUCUGACUCAAUCACAAUCAUGGCCAUCCAUGCCACUGAUUCAUCAGGAUUCCGAUCCUACCAUAUCUGGAUGGUCAUAUGGUCAUGUGCAGUCUCUUCUUCAUCACAAUUCUGGUGGCAGAUGUGUAAAUGGGCCCUGUCGCGAGCAUCAACAUCCAGAUUCAGCAUCUAGGACAUAUACUGGACCUUAUAAUAGUCAUUGUUGCUCAACUACUGCUGGUAUGUGGGAAGAAGCCAGAGCAUGCGGUGGUGGAGUAUGGGCUAUCCAAUUGCAGCACGAAUCUUCUACUUUGGACAAUCCUUACCCAGCUGCUCUUGAUCACACAGAUGCCAGUUUUUCCGAAAAUCAUCCGAUAGCCGAGCUCACCAAUGCUGUCAAGGACCAGCACCACAUUUUUGAUUCUGCGGAUCAUGCUAACCAUGCGAGCGACUUGCAACCCAACCCAAUGGCUCGUAUGAUUGGUCUUGUCGCUCUGUUUCCGAUUCCUAGUCCUAAUCAGCGCACUACCACUGAAAUGAUAGGCCGUGCACAUGAUGAACUGUAUCUGGAUGUCAUGAUUCUGCCUGCCUAUCGUGGUCAUGGUUACGCAACAGAGUCUGCCAAACGUGUUUUAAUGGAGCAUUUUGCUCCCUCUGCAAAUGCCAUUUCCACGCCUCUGCCAUUCUCCUCGUUAUCCAAUACAACAGAUGCGAUAUUACCAAUUCUAAAUCUUGAAGACCCAUUGGAUCAUAAAGACAGAUUUCCGCAGGAUAAUCUAAAUUGUCUACUGCCUCUUCCACUGCUCCCCACACUCCAUCUAACUCCUCGAACACCCCCACCGCCGCCACCACCUAUACCUUUUUGUCAGCCUGCUAAACGUAUUGUUGUUGCCGCACCGUCAUUUUCUCAGCAUACUGGAGAUGGACCAAAACGAUCGAAUUCUACUGGCAGCAAUUCGUCAAGAGUCUCUCCCUCCACAUGCUGGACACCCACAUCACCAGAUACGAUCCAUAUCAACGAAUCUACCGCAUCUCUAUGUCCAACCUUGGUCACGGCGAAUGAAGGAUCGUCUGGGUAUUUACAGGAAAUGCCGUUUACUACAACAACUGUUGCUGCCACACGUGUUGCAGUCAAGCUCGGAAUGGAACCCACACAUUCGCGAUUGGUACAUCCGUCCAUCAAACAUAUUCGAUACGAAUGCCAUGCCAUUGAACAGCAGGAUUUCGUAGACUUAUGGGUACAGAUAUAGUCAACUACAUAUCUUACUAUACCCGACCAAGUUGAAGCAUGUGCUUUGUAAAUUGGUUUAGUUUUUUCUACAUGUUCUAUUUUUGCAAUCUUUAGUUUUAUCUUGCUUUUAUGACAAGUGAAUCAGAUUCUUAUGUUACAUUGCCUUAUUCCCAAUCAUCAAUAUAUAUUCUUAGUUUAUGUCACU